AUGGGCAACGAGUGUUUCUUGACCUUCACCACGACGCACUUGUCGCUGGCCACGCAGAAACUUGCCAGAUACAGACUCCAAAUAGUUUAUCCACCAAAGCUGCCUUUGGAAAAAAUACCCAACCCGGAUAAAGAUGGUCCAGACAUUAAGCCCAGCCUGUGGAUGUGGGUGAAUCCAAACAUUGUGUAUCCUCCCGGGAAGCUGGAGGUCAAAAGACCUAAAAAGGAGCCAAUCCUGGAAGAGGAAGGAGCCUCAGAGGCGUGGUCAUGGCUGCCUUCCUCCAGCCAGCUGUCACCUCGAAAGUGGAAGAGGAAGCAGAGGAGAAGCACCUUGCCUCUUCCUCUAAGGCCUGCAAAGAGGGCCCCCCUCCAGAGGAGGCUUCGGCAAGCUAUCAGCUCAGAGGGGAGGCUCUGGUCCCGCCCUCCUCUCAAUUACUUCCAUCUAAUUGCCUUGGCACUCAGAAACAGUCCUCCCUGUGGCCUCACCGUGCAGCAGAUCUACAACUUCACUCGAGAACACUUCCCUUUUUUCCGGACAGCUCCAGAAGGCUGGAAGAAUACAGUCCGUCACAAUCUCUGUUUCCGAGACAGCUUUGAGAAAGUGCCGGUCAGUAUGCAGGGUGAGGCCAGCAUUCGGCCUCGAUCCUGCCUCUGGAAGUUGACUGAGGAGGGACACCGCCGCUUUGCGGAGGAGGCCCGCACCUUGGCUUCCACACGGCUGGAAAGUAUCCAACAGUGCAUGAGCCAGCCAGAUGUGAUGUUUUUCCUCUUUGACCUUCAAGAAGAAUCCACCAUGCCCUAUUAAAGUUCCCUUCAGCA